GAGCGAUGCAAUGAGAUAAGAAUGAGCAAACAACAUGGAAAACAACGACACCGCCGUCGAAGAAAAGCGCAUGCUCGUGUUGUGUAUUAGUGAAGAUUAUUAAUUUUUCCAGCAACGACGGUGUAAUUGAAUGAAUUUAGUUAUCAAUUAAGUGGUUGAAGGCAAUAAAUGAGGCAUAAAAUCUGUGUAGUGUAGUGUUUCACUAACCUUGUGGUGCUUCAAAUGUGUAUCAAUUGAGUCUGCACCAUUACUAUACUUAGGCUAUAAAUUUUCCACUGGGAAUAAAAGCAAAUAUUCGAGGUCAGAGUUGCCUAAGAAGAAAACCCACGUUUCAAUUCAUUGAAUGACCAGAUGACUCUUACAUAUUACCAAAACGUUACCAAACACAAAACAGCAAAAAUGUAUUUUGCUAAAAUCUAGAACAGGCAGGUCGACUGAUCGAUUAAAAUUAAAGGCCCACGGAAAUGACUGAUGUUGGAAAAUCUGCUACUGGACGAGACACUAUAAUGAAAAUGUUACUUUCAACGGGGCCCGUUGUUCAGACAUCAUCAACAAUAGGUUCAGGACUACAUAGUCCAACCGGUGAUACGUUUGAAGAUAACUCAAAUACAUUAACCACAUAUUUACAUCAGCUUGCUGGAUGUUUUGAGAGUGAAAUUGACGUCAUUGUGAAGGAUCACUGCUAUGCUCGUCCAUGGAACUGGAAGCCAGAAAACGUCUAUGUUAAGCCUGUUAAAAAGCUAUUCUUCAGUAAGGCGAAGAGCUCAUUCCUCACGGAUAAACUAAAACAGGAUGAAGAGGUCGAUGUGGAGGGUGAUUUAACGGAGCCUCUGACGCCACCAUACGAUUUAUCUAGGGCACGUCAUGUGAUGGAUGAGUUCCAAAGAUUAGCAAAUUUUGCUCGUCCUGACGAGAAUGAUGAUUGGGAAGAAAAGAUUGAAAAAAUCUUGUGGACCCCAGUUCAAAAUCGUAUUUUCACUAAAGUUCUACGCAUAUUAUCCUCAGAACGUUUAGCCAGAUUAGCUAAAGCAAAUCAUGCGACUGAACCAAUCUUUCGAAGGACUUCGGUCGACGUAGCUGCAAGGAGGUUUCGAGAAACAUUAGCAUCUGCAAGUUGGGAUUGGCGAGUCGCUCAAUGGCUACAUAAUUUACUCUUUGAGAAUCUUCCACAAGAAUACAUGGCUAUUUAUCUAGAUAUCCUACAAACUUUACGAUUAAAAAUCCCACAACUGAUUGACAAGAUGAUUGCAGUUCAACCAAAUUUGAAUGCUAAAGCUGGCUCGAUUACAUGGGAGACCCUCGGGCCAUUACUAAAAAGAUCGUGGGAUCCAGUGGUUUCAAGCUUAAACGCAAACAGGCCGAAAAAAUUGCCAGGCAAUCCAAUCUUAAUCAUAGCACCAUCAGGAGUUGGAACUAGCGUAACUUCACGCCAACACAAAUGGACGUCACAGUUAGGAGCCUUGGGUAUGGUUGUCAACGUGCAUACGCACAUUGGACUGACUGCAAAUAGGAUGACAAUGAUGGCAUGCAUGGAACAGUUGGUACAAGCUACCAGAACUAAAAUACAGGAUGUUCGAAGUGAUUGUCCUGGAAGGCCAAUUAUUCUAGUUGGGUUUAAUACAGGAGCUGCUCUUGCCUGUCAAAUAGCACAAAUGGAACAUGUUACUGCGGUGAUAUGCUUGGGUUUUCCAUUCAUAACCGUUGAGGGUAAAAGAGGAACACCGGACGACACGUUGAUGGAUAUCAGAUGUCCUGUAAUGUUUGUGAUAGGCCAAAAUGCAACAUUGGUGAGGCCCGAUGACUUAGAGGAUCUGAGAGAAAAAAUGCUAGUGGAAACAAGUUUGGUUGUUAUUGGAACUGCGGAUGAUCACUUGAGAAUAUCUACAGCCAAAAAGAUAUCAGAGGGUAUAAGUCAAAGCAUGGUCGAUAGAUGCAUAUUGGAUGAAGUUGGCGAUUUUGUUGGCAGCAUUUUAUUACAACCCCAUCCACUGCCCCUAAGGCCUAAUCCAUUAUUGAAUUUGGAUAAGGCGAAUAAAAAAGAAUCUCGAAAAAGAAAAAAUUCUACUAGUAGUUCUGUUGAAAGUGAACCACAUUCACUGAGCCUCAAAAAAACGAGACCCUUGACUCCCAUUACAUCAAAUGCGGUUACGGGUGCACCCUCAGUUGGAUCAAUGGGAUCUCUUGCUAGGUCGGGUACAAUGAACACUCAGCCAACUAUUGUGGCGAUUAGUGGGACGAAUUUAAAUCACCCUUCGGUAACUAGAAGAAAACCCAGAGUUAUUAGUAACCAAAAAGUGAAUUUGAGUGAUCAGCUUUUGUCAUCAAGGCAUCCAGGGCAGCCAAACACGAGCAGUGCACCUGGAGGUAUAACAUUGAACAUCGGUUCCCUUGCUAGUUUAGCACCAAUUGGACCGUUGCGUUUAAUACCGACUAGCGCUGGUCAAACAAUUACAAAUACAACGAAAAUUAACAGUGUACCCAGACCAGCUUCAGCCUAUUCUAAAGUAUCUAAGAUGAUGCCGACAAAUGCGAGCCCUCAAAGUGCUGUAAAGAUGAAAACAGUUAUGUCAGCGAAUAAAGGUUUCUCUAAAGUCAUGAACAGCAGUUAUAAGCACAUCAACAUUACAGACAGGGGUGGUGAAGCAAAACUUGUGAACGUCUUAACGACAGCUGGAAAUCAAGUUAGAGUCAGUGCAUCAAGUGCAGCAGCAUUGUUGCAGAGUAGAAGAAGUCCUAUGGGAAUGGUGAGCGGUAUACCUUUGGGCAAGGGUACCUCUGCAUCCAGUAUUUUAUUAACUCCCACUGUUUCAACUACAAAUGCGCACACGAUUGCUUCUUCUUCAACAGCGACCACACCAAAAGUGAUGGACAACAAUGGAGCGAGCAGCAGCAUUGAUCGGUCAAUUCCUACAUCUAGUCGUCCUUCGGAUGUGAAUAAGAUGUCUUUGUUGCCUUCACAUGCCAGUACAUCGAAUAAAAACUACCCUCUUGCUGUAUCAACUGGAAGCGUAGUCAUGUUGACCGAUAGUUUGCACAAUUCAAGAACUGCUUCAAUGCUACUUCCGAUAUCUGGCCAAAAUCCAAUAACCAUUUUACCGUUAUCAAGUAAAAUAAAAAUGGGCCAAAAAUCCAUGAAAUCGGUUCCAAAGAUAACAGUAAACAAUUGCAAUCUUCAAAGGACACAAAGAGGUGCCAAGCCGCAAUCGCCAACAAAAAAGAAGAUCAGCAAUAAUUUUGACGAUGACUUGGGCAACAUAUUAGAUAUUCCAAUAAUAUUUGCUAAGGAUGGAGAGAAUUUAAAUGCCAUUGAAAAGGCAUCAACGAUCUCACAACUGCCAGUGGUAAUCGAUUCCUUCGAUAAGAAUAUUCCAAAAUUAAGUGGCACUACCAAAGUUGUGUUAAUCAGUAAUAAACAUGACAAAAUGCAACCUCCUAAUUCAAAUACAGCCAAUUCACAAUUUCAAACUGUACUUCGGGCGACUGGUCCACAACACCACAUUAAUCGCACGGUACUUCAAGCUCGUUCUCUUAAUCCAUCAUUAAGUAGUAUAAAUCGUGCCACAACACCAAAUCAAUCAUUACCUCGCUUGAACCAAGCUACAAUCAAAUACACGAAAAUUAUCUUGGCCAAAAGGAAUCCUGUUGGUGGUAAUAUCCAGGAGGAUAAGAGCGAACAAGUUAUAUUGACUAAAAACAACCCUAAGAUUAUCAGUCAUGAUAAAAAUGAGCAUAGAUAUGCUCAAGUCUUCCCAAGACAUCAGAUUAAAUUCCAAGAGAUCAUUCAAGAUGACGCAUUAGAAAUUGAAGAUGCCAUUAAAACAAAUAUUAUUGAAAGGAAAAUUCAAACUGUGCCAGAAAUUGAUUUAACAUCACCAACGAAAAAUGGUCACAGCGAUGAAUCACCCAAUAAACCCGAUUCCGGUGAAGAAAAGGAACUUGUAAAGACUGACGUUUUCUUAUCUGAUACCAAUGUCUCUGCUGAUGUUGCUGAAUGAAAUCAGUAAAAAUUCUAGUGGGACUAAGAGCUUCUGAUCAAGCAUACACAUAUGUGGAAUCGUAAAUUAAGAAAGAUCGAAUUAUUUACUAAAAAUACAUAACGGUUGUGCGAAAUUUUUCGUAUGACUGAGUUGAAGAAAACUCACCCUUCUUCUACCAAAAUCCAUCAACGGAUAUUGUUUCAUAUGUAAUUUAAAUCGGUAAAGUUUGACUAGAGUCGCAGCUUUAUCAUAGUAAGUUUGUUUAGUGUUGAAAAAGAACUCACUGUUAUUAUAUAUUUGUAAUGACAAUAAGGUUUAUUUAAUUUUUCCAAUAUCUGAAGUUAAUUAUUAAUUUAUUAAAGCAUAAUUCUUUUGGGCAUACAUUUAUAAUGGGACCUGACAGCAUUUAGUAUGAGGUAAAGAACUCUGUAACUUUUUUUCUUGAAAAAGCGUAUUAUUCUUGUGAUUAUUAUUGGCAGUCCUACGCGAUAUCACAUGAAUUUUAACAUGACACUUGAUUCAUUAUCUUGAUGUGAUUAUGAAUAUGGUGUUGCGAGUGUAGUCACAAAUCUAUUUUUGAAGUUUUCAUUAUGAAUUCCAAUGGUAAAAGUAAUUAUUUAUUACCAGAUAUUGAAUAUUACAUACCCCAAUAUUCGAAAGACAUGCCAUUAUUUAUUUGCUUGUAUAGAAUGUAAUAAAAUAGUUUGCACAAGUGAACAAACUUUCGUAUGAAAAAAUAUGCAUUCUGUUUCUCAUAACUAAAAAAAGUUCCUGUUUACAUUGGUCAAAGAAAACCUAAAAUAAUCCUUCAAUAUAUAAUUACGAACGAUAUUAUCUAAACACAGCCUCAGUGAAAUUUCCUCAUAGUAUUUCAAAAUCAACGUAUUUUAUGUUAUUAAUAACGUCAUAUACGCUAUGUGUGAUAACAAAAUAAAAAAAAAAGUUCUUACACUAAUAA